GUUUGAUUCUAGCGAGGGAUUCGGAGUAUAUAACAGUACCCAACAGCAUCGGUUGCCUGGAUAAAAUGGGAUCCAAAGCACUCAGUCACUACAAAGCCCUCAGCUCUCAUUCCUAUACGUAUAUUGACCUUAAUCCCAGUUUACGUUGCAUAUCUAUCACCAUAUACUGAACUCAGCUACCACCAUGCCCCCCCACCCAGCCCUAACCCAGCCCACGAUCCUCCCCCCCGCCCUCCGCCCCGGCGACACCAUAGCGCUGGUCUCCCCAUCCGCCCGCCUCAACAGCAUCCUGCCCACCCCCCUCCACCGCGGCCGCUGCUUCCUAGAAUCCCUAGGCUUCCGCGUGCGCAUCAUCUAUACCCCCUUCCCAGAACCCAGCAGCAUCGCCGACUCGAUCCGCAUCCGCACGGCGGAGCUGCACACGGCCUUCGGAGACCCGACCAUCCAGGCCAUCAUCUGCACCAUCGGCGGGCAGCACGCCAACGAGCUCCUGCCCCACCUGGACUACGCGCUCAUCCGCGCAAACCCCAAGAUCUUCGUCGGCUACAGCGACACCACCUUCCUGCAUUAUGCGCUCGAGUCGCGCGCGGGCCUGCGCACCUUCUACGGGCCCAGCCUGCUGACCGACUUCUCCGAUGUGCAGCCGCUGCCCUUCACGGUGGAGCAUCUGCUGCAUGUGCUGACGGGCGGCAGUGGGGCGGUGGGGCCGGUGCCGCGAUCGCUGCGCUGCGCUGUGGAGCAUAAUGAUUUCCAGUUCGGGCGGGAUGCCUCGGUCGAGCCGCGGGUGACGGUGCCCUCGCCGGCGUGGCGGUGGGUGAGACGGGGUCGUGCGGAGGGGAAGCUGUACGGUGGCACGGUGCAUAUCGUCGAACGGCUGCAGGGGACGGUGUUCGCGCCGUCGUCGUGGAAGGACCAUGUUCUGCUGCUGGAGUCGGCCAUGGGGCUCGAUACGAUCGAGCGGCCGUACUCGGUGGCCCGGUUUCGGGGGAACUUGGUGGAUUUAGCGUUGUCCGGGGUGCUGGGGGAGAUUAGUGGGUUGGUGGUCGGAAGGGGGUAUAAGUAUGAUGAGCGGAUGCAGGAGGAGUUGGCGGCGGUGAUUGUGGAGGUGUUGGACGUGGUGGUGGGCAGGAAAGAUGAGCUGCCUGUGUUGAUGAAUGUGGAUGUGGGCCAUACCAGUCCGUUUGUCACGUUGCCGUUUGGGGCGAGGGUGAGGCUGGAUUCGGAGAGGGAUGAGUUUGUCGUCUUGGAGGCGGGGGUGUCUACAAGUACAGUACCUAGUAGUUAGUCUGGAUAUACUGAAGUAGGCGGUUUCGGU